GCACCGUCCAUUGCACAACGCUAUCGAAGCUCCACGGUUUUGCGAAUGACUUCAUUGCAACAUUUCACAAUGCUUCGCGCGUCACAGGCUUAGGCUAGAGGAAUACACAGGAUAAAGUGCAGGCUUAAGCUGCAUGAUAGCUGCAGCUACCGGUCCUAGUGCACCGAAAAAUCAAUGCCGCGUUCAGUAAGUGCAAGAACUUCAAGCAGCCCACACUACCCUUGGUGGGCGCAACGCAUCAUGGUGAACAAAUACUCCCUGCUCGGUCUGCUCGUGCUCGGUGCGUUGUGCGGAAGCGAUGGCCAAACGCCAACCGUACUGCGGGACACGGUCUGGGGCGAGUUUCCGUCGGUCGUACUGGUGAAAACUCCACGCGAACAUCAGUACUGUCUCGGGACGGUCGUGAACGCGAACCACGUCCUAACGUCCGCGUUCUGUGUGCUUAGCUACGAUCGGAUGCGCGUGUUUCCGGCCCGGCUGGUGCGUGUGUUUGGUGGUGACAUUAGUGUGAGUCCGGUGUCUCCCACGCGCCAGACCCGCACCGGGCAGCACAUUUUUGUCCACGAAAACUAUCGUCCACACACGUUCGAAAACAAUAUUGCCAUCAUUCGUCUUACCGAACCCUUCCAUCUGCCGAGCAAUGCGAUCGAGGAGGCACCCAUCAGAAUGCGCAUCGUGCCAGAAGCGCAUCCGUGCUACGUGGUGACUUGGUACCGACCGCCCGGUACCGAUGUCAACCCCGGCCUGGAGAUCCCGCGACAGCAAACGUUCAACGUGAACGUACGCAACCGGGAUAGCUGUGCUGCCGAACGGCGUACGGAGCUUACGUUGCAGGAGAACGCCAUCUGCACGUACACGACGACCGUGAUGAAUGUCGUGCAGGGCGAUCCGAUGUUCUGCAACGGGGAGCUUACCUCUAUCCAGUCGUACACGUUUAUGCCGCCCGGGCAGCAGCCACAGACGCAACCGAACCUGGUGUCCACCCAGGUACGGUUCUACAUUCACUGGAUAAACGCUCAGCUCAACCGAACGCAGCCGAUGCCGGAAGGGUGGAACCCGGUAGAGUUUUGAUGCAGAUUAGCAUCACUUUAGUGGUAGGCAAGCAGUAAUAAAAAGGAUGUUCUAAUCUGCUGCA